AUGCUGGCGGUGGGGCCGAUGGAUGGCACCCCGCGGCAGAGCGCCUUCCUGCUCAGCAGCCCGCCGCUGGCCGCCCUGCACAGCAUGGCCGAGAUGAAGACGCCGCUCUACUCAGCCGCCGCCGCUGCCGCCGCCUACCAGCUGCCUCCCCCGGCCGCCUCUGCCGCCAGCGGACCUUCCUCCCUCUCCUCGGCUCCUUCGUCGUCGUCUUCUUCUUCCUCCUCCUCCUCCUCGGCGUCGGCCUCGCCUUCCCCUCCGCUGGGCUCGCCGACCGGCCUCAAGCCGCACGGCGUGGGAGCUCUGUCGGCGCUGGGGUCGCCCCCGCAGCAGCACUCGGCCGCCACCCCGCACGGCAUCAACGAUAUCUUGAGCCGGCCGUCCAUGCCGCUUCUGGCCGCCGCCUCCGCCUCUUCCUCCUCCUCGUCUUCCUCCUCCGCCUCGCCGGCCGCCGGGCUCCUGGCGGGCCUGCCCCGGUUCAGCAGCCUCAGCCCGCCGCCCCCGCCGCCUCCGGGCCUCUACUUCAGCCCCAGCGCCGCCGCCGCCGCCGUGGCCGCCGUGGGAAGGUACCCCAAGCCUUUGGCCGAGUUGCCCGGCAGGACGCCCAUCUUCUGGCCGGGGGUCAUGCAGAGCCCUCCUUGGAGGGACGCCCGCCUCGCCUGCUCACCCCAUCAAGGCUCCAUUUUACUGGAUAAAGACGGCAAAAGAAAACACACGAGGCCGACGUUUUCCGGCCAACAGAUCUUUGCUUUGGAAAAGACUUUUGAGCAAACCAAGUACUUAGCUGGGCCGGAGAGAGCGAGGCUCGCCUAUUCGCUGGGAAUGACGGAGAGUCAAGUCAAGGUCUGGUUCCAGAACCGGCGGACCAAGUGGCGGAAGAAGCACGCGGCCGAGAUGGCGACCGCCAAAAAGAAGCAGGACUCGGAGACGGAGCGGCUGAAAGGCGCCUCGGAGAACGAGGAGGAAGACGACGACUACAACCGGCCCCUGGACCCCAAUUCGGACGACGAGAAGAUCACGCAGCUGCUCAAGAAGCACAAGGCGGGCGGGCCCAGCGCCGGCCUGCUGCUCCACGCCUCAGAGAACGAGGCCUCCUCUUAGGCGGCGCGGGGCGGGAGGGGGGAAAAGCCGCGCGGCCGCCAAAGGACGAGCUGAGCCCCGCCGAGGCGGCGCUCCACAGACCCAGUUGCUUUUUCAGACGAGAGAAAGAGGAGGCGGAGACCGGGCGGCCCCUCAGAGUUGCCCCUGCCCGAGUGGGUAUCUUGAGGAAAGUUGAGGCGGGGGAGCCUCGACGGACAGGCCCGGGGCCUAGCGCCGCCCGGCCUUUCCCGCCAAAAUGGGACUCGCUACUAGCCCAGGUGCAGCCGAGGCGCCUCUAUUUGUAAAUAAAAGCGACCGGACUUUAUUCUACACAGCGAAUAUUUAAACCUAAUAAAUCUUUUAACUCCGGCUAACUCGCGAGCCGGAGCGUCGGCGCUCGGCAGAUUCGCGCCUUGUUUUUCUCCGCCUCAGCCUCCGCUCCUCAAACUCUUUUUUCUUCUUCGGGGAGUUUUGUGACUUUAAAGGCGGCGGUUUUUCUUUCUCGUAGUAACCCGAUGAGUUUUCGUCGCUAGCUUAACUCCCAACUUUCCACAUUUGGGACGCUGAUGAUCUGCACUGGAGGAGGUGUGGGUUUUAAGGGAAAUCGGGGGGGUUUAAAUGUCAUUGGUUUCCUUCGGCAAAACCUCUCUUUAUUAUUAUUAUUAUUAUUGUUAUUUUUCGAUCGGGAGAAUGGACAAGCUUUUAGAGCAACGCAGGAACUUUCCUGAAGAAGCGGUCUGUGUGUAACCUGGACAUUAAAAGGCCUCGGUUGCCAUUUCAAAUUGGAAUAUAUGAGCCCUGAUCUUUUCCUCAGAGUGACUAUAGGGCAGUCAAGCUCCUUCGGAACAGCUAUUUAAAAAUGUAACCUAGAUAUUGUAGUUUAAAGCUCCUUUUAAUUUUCUCUCUAAAAUGAGUCCCGCCAAAUGAAUAACACCAUAUACACACAAACACGAUUUUUUUUUUGGGGGGGGGGAAUGCUUAAUUCUAACUUUCUUGUAUUUUGCUUUAGAAAGCAGAAGUAAAGCGAGAAAAGAGGAAACAGAGCAUUCGACAAAAAUCUUCCCUUUUGCAAAUAAUAAUAAUAAUAAUAAUAUCAAGUAAACUUUACGGUUGGUUUUGAAAUCCCGAAUCCCCGCGCUUGUUCGAUAGAAUUUGAAAUGUGGAAUGUCGGGUUUUGUUUUUUUAAAUGAACGUGUACAUUGCUUUCUUUUAUUAUUAUUUUUUAAAGCUAAUAAUGUCGUAUUAGCAUUUUAGCCUUUGAUUAAUUUAUACGAAGACAUUUCAAGUUUCGUGAAGUGAACAAAAACAGCCCUGCCAAGACCAGUUUUAACUCAAUGCACUUUGUUUUUGUUUUAAAAGGAGGAAUCAAUUUAAGUCAGUUAUAUUCACGUCUGUUGCCUGGAUGAAAACUGAAGGGUGCAGAAAA